CUGCUGCGCCCGGGGACUGAACGAUGCUGGCCUUACAGUAGAAGGAGCGAAACUGGGAGAAGAGGGAAACGGCUGCGCUAAAAUAAGCGUAAAUUGCAGCGGAGCGAGUCCUGGAAGCUUUCUGCUAGCACAGAGAAGGAGAAUUGUUUUUCACUCGUGCUGCUAAUCUAGAGAGGCAGAGGCACUGUGGUUAUUGUUACAAGCUGCACCAGUAUAAACACGGAUAGCCAUUUGUUCCUAUAAAAACCUAAUUGUGGUGACUUAACAUGUUACCACGUGCCUGUAGCUUGUUCCAGCUGCAGAAACAGAAAUACAUUGUUUCAAACCAUCUUAAACGCAAUUAAAAUGAACAAAAUUACACUCGGUGGUUGGUCAGAGGAGAAGGUGCACAAAUGUCACUUGUUCGCACAACUUACUUGAAGAGUAUCGAUUUGGUUGUUCACGAUAACGUCUCUGAAGUGUAAAUGCCCGAGCUGUGCCACUCCUGGUUCUGUGCAAGAUCAGCCUGUGUGUAGCCAUGCUGUCUUAGUGGAACUCGGUAUGUCAUUCACAGACCUGUGAAUGUCACCGUUGCCGUUAAGAACUUGCUAGAUCAACUUGGAAGAAAACUUGAAGAAAAACUUUCAUAUCAGUUGCAUUAGAUGAAAACUUCUGCAAUGAGUAGACGUAAGUCAAAGGAGAGCAGUGGAGCAAAUGGAGGAUGCAUUUCACAGGUGCAAAAAAUUUUACGUGAAAGAUUCUGUCACCCUUAUGCUACUGGAAAACUGUUUGGGAUUGAACAUCAGUACAGACACCUGCUGGAACUGCUGAAAAGAACUACAGUUCAUGGAGAAAGUAAUUCUGCCCUCAUUAUCGGACCCCGAGGAUCAGGAAAGACUGCGUUAUUAAAUCAUGUCUUAAAAGAGCUCACAGAAAUGAAACGAGUUAGAGAGAACCUCUUGGAAGUUCAUCUGAAUGGGCUUCUGCAGACUAAUGAUAAAGUGGCCCUGAAGGAGAUCAUCAGACAGUUGCACCUGGAAAAUGUGGUUGGGGAUAAAGUUUUUGGCAGUUUUGCUGAAAAUCUUGCGUUCCUUCUUGAAGCUUUAAGGAAAGGAGAUCGAACUAGCAGUUGUCCAGUCUUGUUUAUACUGGAUGAAUUUGACUUGUUUGUUCAUCACAAGAAUCAGACGCUGCUCUAUAACCUCUUUGAUAUAUCCCAGUCAGCACAGACUCCAGUAACAGUUAUUGGACUUACAUGUAGACAGGAUAUCCUGGAGCUCUUGGAGAAGAGAGUAAAAUCAAGAUUCUCUCACCGACAGAUAUAUCUGAUGAAUUCCUUUGAUUUUAAACAAUACAUUAGGAUAUUCAAGGAACAGCUCUCUCUUCCUGCUGAAUUUCCUGAUGAGUCUUUUGCACAAAAAUGGAAUAAUAAUGUUCAGCAUCUCUCAGAGGAUAAAACUGUGCAAGACGUGCUGCAGAACCUUUUUCACUUCACUAAAGAUCUGCGCUCGCUUCAUUUGCUGUUGAUGCUCGCUGUAAGUAACGUUACUGUGCAUCACCCACUUAUCACCGCAUCAGAUCUUCAUGAGGCAAGCAAGCAGUAUAGAAUGGACUCAAAAGCAAACAUUGUACAUGGUUUGUCUGUCCUGGAAAUCUGCCUAAUUAUAGCUAUGAAACACUUAAAUGACGUUUAUGAAGGAGAACCAUUUAACUUCCAGAUGGUUUACAACGAAUUCCAGAAGUUCAUACAGAGGAAGGCGCAUUGUAUGUACAACUUCGAAAAGCCAGUUGUCAUGAAGGCAUUUGAGCACCUCGUACAACUGGAAUUAGUAAAACCAAUAGAAAGACCAUCUGUCCGCGCUCAGAGAGAGUACCUCCUUAUGAAACUGCUUUUGGACAAUAAUCAAAUCAUGGAUGCUUUGCAAGCGUACCCAAACUGCCCGACAGACGUUAAACAGUGGGCAGCGUCAUCGCUCAGUUGGCUGUGAACUUUCUGGAACUGGCAGUAUCACUUUCUGCAUUAAAACUUUUGGAGUUAACUGUAAGCUCCAGAAGAUGUAAUGUUUACCCACAGCAGGGUGUUCAACUUAAUAAAUUUUUGGAAGACGCUUGCUUUGCUGUGCUUUGCUGAUCGAUUUGGGAUGUUGUUUUCUAAGGAGAACUAUUCUGCUGUUACCUUCUCACGGCCAUAAAUUUGACUAACUAACUUUAAAGGCUCAGGCAGUUUAGCUCAGCUCAGUGCUGGCGUUUCCACUUUGUGGAAAUCAAAGCUCUUUGGAAUUUCUCAGUCUCGGAUUAAGACUGCUUUCGACACCAGCUCGGUGGCAUGCUGCCACGAACGGCUGUGGGUCUGACGCUCUAAGUUCUGAAGCACAGACCCAUCUCUAAUGCAGUGUAAAGCUCAUGCUUACUGUACUUUUUCUUCUCAAAUUUGACUUGACAUGGAAAACUUACUUAAUUAAACCUUUAAUCACAGCUAGCU